CUGUUCCUCAGCUGAUCGGAAGUACAGUCGAUAGUUGCUUUUUCGCGUAAACCUGUAAGGGUAGCGAUGGCUGAUGCCAUAGCAGAUACGAGAAGGCUGUACACCAAACCACAAAACCUAAACGAUGCGUACGGACCUCCGAGUAACUUCCUUGAGAUUGAUGUGUCCAACCCUGAGACUGUUGGUGUCGGUCGGAACAGGUUUACGACAUAUGAGAUCAGACUGAAGACAAACCUCCCGAUCUUCAAGCUGAAAGAGUCCCGCGUACGGAGGAGAUACAGCGACUUCGAGUGGUUGAGAGGAGAGCUGGAGAGGGAGAGCAAGGUGGUUGUUCCUCCACUUCCUGGAAAGGCUCUGUUUAGGCAGCUCCCAUUCCGUGGGGACGAUGGUAUAUUUGACGACUCGUUCAUCGAGGAACGGCGACAAGCCUUAGAACAGUUCCUCAACAAAGUGGCUGGUCAUCCAUUGGCCCAAAAUGAGCGCUGUCUGCACAUGUUCCUGCAAGACGAAACCGUGGAUAAAAACUACACGCCUUCCAAAAUCAGACAAGCCUGAACCGGUCUGGACUCUACACAUUUUUAAAACGGCCCACAAGCAAUAAGGCGGGUUUGAAUCAUUCAAAACUGAUGCAGUAUCUUAGCAUGAACCAUAGGGCACCGAAACACGUAUCGAACAUCGAAAAAAAAACGAUUCAAGAAUUAGUCAGGUCAUUAUGUCCCUUUACUUCUCCAAAAGCACUUGUCCCCCCUCAUAGAUUGAUUGGAAUCGGCCCUUAUGAAUCGAAUAUUGAACACUAUGUCUGAUCAAACUAUGAUCACGUCUGUGCUUGUGUGUAAUAAGUCGUGAUUAACGAUUAUUCGUGAAAGUUGUUUCUGAGAGCACCGCUAACUUUGAUAGUUUUUAGUACAGGAUAUUUGUCUCAAAGAAGGAAAUCGGACAAACCAAAUAAUUAUAUCACAGUUAUGCAAGCACUAUAUAACAAACACUGACUUUUCUUUGUUAUUGCUACUACCCACUUGUGUCGCUUUUCUUUAAAUGCUGAUGAACGCAUACAGCAGCCCACAGUGCAGGACGCACUUCAUUGGGAACCUGAUGUGCUGUUGUUAAUUGUGUGCUAUGUAUGCCUGUUUGUUGCAGCCAAGCCUGUUUUUACAUGGGGAGUGAUACCUACAAUGCAUGUUUCCAGAUUUGUAUACUGCUGUGCCAUUCGUUUGUUUAUGAGAAUUUUCCAAUAAAACAGAUCAAACAUGUA